CUGGGCAACGGUUCAAUCAAUUCUAAGACGUGUCUUCUAUAUCUCAGGUGACUGGAGAUUUCGAUUGUUUCAUCACGUAAGAUAUAUUGUUCUUUAUUGUUGCAAGAAAAUAUUGUAUGAUGUUACUGAAUUGUUCUUCAAUGUUGUCGACUCCAUGCUCCACUUCCUCUGACGCCGGCGUAACCCCGGAUUUGCCUGAGCGCAGUGCGCAGCGCCGUCCCCGCCACGUGCAAUGGUUUGUCUCAACUCUCAUCUGGGAAAAUUGCUAAAAUUUGAAGGAGCUAACCGCAAAAUGUAGAAGCCAUCACUGUCUUACGCCUUCACGCACAUAUCAUCCCAAGGUUGGAGUUGUUCGCGAUCAUCCUAUUCCCGCGGCCGCGGGAGAGCAUUUCGGUGACACAGCAACCGAUCUGCCUGGGAAGUGGCGCGCCGGCGGAAAAUGGCGUCGCGGACGCUUGUUAGGGCUGUCCAAGAUCUGCCGCACCGUUCUCGCCUGGCAUUGAGGACAAUCGAGGUUGCAGAGGCGGGCAGAGCCGGACAGGCCGAGAGGGCCCUCGACCUGUUCGAGGCAAUGCCCGUGAAGAAUCAGGUAGCCUGGAACGCGGCGCUGGCCGCGCUCGUCGACGCCGGCCGCACCGACUGGGCGCUCUCCUUCUUCCGGGAGAUGCCCAGGAGGAACGCCACCUCGUACACCACCAUGAUCGGGGGCCUCUCCCGCGCCGGUGGAGCUGCCGCCGGGGAGCGGGUUCUCUUAGAGGAGCUCCCGCUCGAUCAGCACAACGUCUUCACCUGGACGGCCAUGAUCUCGUGCCACGUCCGGAACGGCGAGCCUGGUAAGGCGGUGGAGCUCUUCGUGGCUUUCUAUGGCGAGUUCUUUGCGCGCGGGAUGCUGCCCAACGCGCACACGUUCAGCUCACUGCUCAAGGCCUGUUUGGGUGUCCGGUCGCUGGCCAUGGCGUUGCAGCUCCAUGCUGUCAUCGUCAAGCUGGUGGGCGAGGGGAGCAGACAUUGUUUCGUGUGGAAUGCCUUGAUUGAUGCCCACGCAAAGCUGGGCGCACUGUCAGAUGCUGAGAAGGUGUUCUACUGGAUGCAAAACAGGGACAUCUGCUCUUGGAACAUCAUGAUGGAUGGAUAUUCCUGGCAUAAGCUCGUCGACAAGGCUCUUGAUCUCUUCAGGAUGACAAGGGAAAAGGAUACCUUCACAUGGAACAUCAUAAUAUCCUGCUUGGGGGAGAACCACCAUGGAGAAGGUGCGCUCCGCCUCUUCAUCGAUCUGGUCAGAUUGGAUGGCCACUGCGGUGGCAAUGCCAAGCUGAACGCGUCAACAUACACGACAGUCCUGCACAUUUGCUCAGUGCUGACGCUGCUUGCGUUUGGGAGGCAAGUCCAUGCACGCACUGUCAAGGACGGGAUUGGUCAGAGCAACGUCUCCGUCAGCAAUUCUCUGCUCAGCAUGUACAGAAGCUGCGGCGCCAUGCUUGAUCUGGAGCAGGUGUUUGAAGAAAUGACGGUCAGGGACAUCAUAUCAUGGAACUCUGUGAUACAGGGGCUUGGCCAGAACGGUCUUGGGAGGCAAGCCCUGGCGUUUGCGGAGCGUGCACUGGAACUCAAGAUGUACAACAGCAACACCUUCAUCGCCAUCCUGACAUCCUGCAGCCACUCGGGGCUAGUCACUGAGGGGCUGGGUUACUUUGACAGCAUGGCCGAGAAACAUGGGGUGGAACCGACGCUUCACCACUACAUCAGUGUUAUCGAUCUCCUCGGCCGUGCAGGGAGGCUUGAAGAGGCGUACGACCUGCUCCGGAAGAUGCCGUUCGCACCAAAUGCUGUGGCGUGGCGUACUCUUCUACAUUCUUGUCUAGUCCACAUGAUGCGGCUGUGGAGGCAGCAGCAUGGCUGAUGAAACACUGAUUGCAAACGAGAAGGGUGCUGAUCACACGCCAGGGUGUACCUGGCUCACCUGAACUUCUGAACAUCCAGGGUCCGUUCAGUUCAUGCCUGAACAAAGCUACAUCAAUAUUCAGUAACUUAAGCUAUGGCCCGCCAAGACUCAGCAAGGCUUGCCAAGGGGUUGUGCAAUUCAUGAUGUCAUGAGUUGAGUCCGCCAACAUCAAGUUCACCAUUAUCUGGACUCAUGAAUGGAGACCAACAACAUCAAGAGAUAGGCCAGAAGUUCGGAAACAACAGUCCUGGCUAUCUGCCAUGGUGACUCAGUGCAGAACAAGAUAGAUGAGAUUGAAAGUUGAAACAUGGAACACAUGGAAGCUGGAGCAUGGGAAGAUAACCUGAGGCUUGGCCUGCCAUGAUGAGUGAAUACGAACAUGCCUGCACAAAACUGCAUCAGUAACUGUUGAGCCGUGGGAUGCGAAGAAUCUGCGGAAAGCUUGACACUUGCAAAGCGUCGUUUACAGCAUCAAGAGAUACGCCACAAGAAGGCUGGAAACAGUGCCAUGGUGAGUGUGCAGAACGAGCUUGAAUUCUACUAUGUAGGAAUUCGAGCUAUGGUGACAGCUCCCCGGAUGCAUGAAGUUGGUGCCAAGUUAAUUCUUUUAAUGUGCCAAAUUUCUCUAUGCAACAUCGAAUUACACUUACCAAAUGGAGAAGGCAAAAUUCGCCCCGUUUGGUUAGCCUAGAAUUCUAGGAAAUAGGAUUUUGACCUCUAA